AUGUCAUCUUCUGGUGAAAAGAUAGAGAAGAUCGCUCCAGUAAUGGACGCGUCACCUCUAGAUCCAGUGGUUCCUAUUGAGGUUAAACAAGGUCCUGUUAGACCAUAUUUGGUAUCUGAACCUCCAAAUGACUUGGCUACACGUCGUACCAUAUCUACGUUAAGUGAAAGACUAUAUAUCAUAGUUUUAAUCGCAUUCACAGCUGUUGUCAGAUUAUAUGGUUUAGAAUGGCCUAAUAGUGUGGUCUUUGAUGAAGUCCAUUUUGGUGGGUUUGCAACUGAAUACAUUAAUGGAAGUUUCUUCAUGGAUGUUCAUCCACCACUAGCUAAAAUGCUUUAUGCUGGUGUUGCAUCUUUAGCUGGCUUUAAGGGUGAUUUUGAUUUUGAAAAUAUUGGUGAUGAAUUUCCUUCUACUACACCUUACUAUCAUAUGAGAUUAUUUUCUGCUUCAUUGGGUGCAUUCACAGUAGUAUUAUUAUAUUUCACUCUUAGAUCAUCAGGUGUACGUCAAUUUGUUGCAUUUGUUAGUGCUUUAUGUUUUGCUAUUGAAAAUUCAUAUGUUACAAUCUCAAGAUACAUCUUAUUAGAUGCUCCAUUAAUGUUUUUCAUUGCAGCUGCUGUAUACAGUUUUAAAAAAUACGAAUUAUUUCAACAAGGUUCAAUUAAAUCAUACAAAACAUUAUUAGCUACAGGUAUUGCUCUUGGUUUUGCUGCCUCUGCUAAAUGGGUUGGUUUGUUCACUGUUGCAUGGAUCGGUCUAUUAUGUAUUUGGAGACUUUGGUUCAUGCUAGGUGAUUUAUCUAAACCUGUUUCAUCUACGGUCUCUGCUGCUUUCUCUAAAUUGAUCUUCUUGUUGGGUGUCCCAUUUGCUCUUUAUGCAUUUUUCUUUAAGAUCCACUUCGAUACUUUAAUCUAUGACGGUGCAGGUGCAUCUUUCUUCUCAUCAGAAUUUAGAUCUACUUUACAAGGUAAUACUAUCCCAACAGAUAUUUCAGCAGAUGUAGGUGUCUCUUCAGUCGUAUCACUUCGUCAUUUUGGUACUUCUGGUGGUUAUUUACAUUCUCAUCCAUUCCGUUACGAAACAGGUUCUGGUCAACAACAAAUUACUUUAUACCCUCACAUUGAUGAAAAUAAUCAAUGGUUAGUAGAAUUAAGUAGCAACCCAGGUGUUACAUUCCCAGAUUUCCAAAAUUUGUCCGAUGGUGCCAUUGUUAGAUUAUUACAUCCUUCUACCCAUUGUAGAUUGCAUUCUCAUGAUCAUAAGGCUCCUGUCUCUGAAAGUGCUGAUUGGCAAACUGAGGUAUCGUGUUAUGGUUUUACUGGGUUUGAAGGUGACACCAAUGAUAAUUGGGUCUUGGAGAUCGAUCAAAAGAAAUCUGCUCCAGGUGUCGCUAGGGAACGUGUUGUUGCCUUAGAGACAAAAUUCAGAUUGAAACACAUGGUCUCUAAUUGUUACCUGUUCUCUCACGAUGUUAAAUUGCCUAAAUGGGGGUUCGACCAACAAGAAGUAAGUUGUGCUACUACCGGGAGAUACGAAUUGACACUUUGGUACAUCGAAGCCAAUGAGAACCAUGCUUUACCUGAGGACGCUAGACAUGUCUCAUACGUGAAACCUGGCUUUUGGGGUAAAUUUAUAGAAUCUCAUAUUAAGAUGUGGAGCGUGAACAAAAAUUUGGUCGAGACUCACAUUUAUGAAUCUUUGCCAGAGGACUGGCCUCUAUUGUUACGUGGUAUCAGUUAUUGGGGUGAUCAUCACAGAAUGGUCUACCUGUUGGGUAAUGCUAUCGAAUGGUGGGCCGUAUCUGCAUUUAUGUUACUGUUUGUCAUUGUAUGUGUCAUUGAAUUGAUCGCAUGGCAAUUAGGCAAACCUAUUCUACAAGAUGACCAUGUAUUUAACUUCCAUGUUCAAGUUGCGCAUUACAUGUUAGGAUUCCUUGUCCAUGUUGGUCCCUCUUUCCUAAUGAAACGUCAAAUGUUCCUACAUCAUUAUUUACCUGCCUACUAUUUCGGUAUUCUAGCGUUUGGUCAUGCUCUUGAUAUAAUUGUUUCCUUUAUGUUUAAAAACAAGAAAAUCAUGGGUAAUUUAAUAGUUAUAACAUUUUUUGCUGGUUGUCUUUUCUUCUUUAAUGCUUACAAACCUUUGAUUUAUGGGUUACCAUGGACUGUCGCACUCUGUGAAAAGUCUCAAUGGUUAAGUGGUUGGGAUUAUCAUUGUGGAUCUUAUUUCAAUACUUACGAAGAAUAUGAUAACUAUACCAUUACAAGCCAAUUCGAUAAUAUAUUUGAAGAUACUGAUGUGCCUAUGUCUACGUACUCCAAGCAAUUAGAAGUUGAUCAACCUGUUGUCAUCGAAGAAAUCAUCGAAGACAUCCCCAUAGAGGCUGCUGAAGAAGAUCUUGUUGUCGAAGAAACAAGCGGCAAAUCUGCCACUGGUAUCAACACACCAGAGAAGGAAGAUUCCUUUGACGAUAUUAUCCACAAAGAAGGGUUCAACAGAUUCCUAGACGAAAAUGGUGAAGAAAUCGAUAUCGAAGAAGUCAGGAAGAUCAUGGCAGCCCAAGGCGGUGCCCUUAAGAUAGAACAGAAGAUUGUCGAGGUGUAG